AUGAUUCGCAAGUGUAAGCCGUUAGUACAGAAAAUCACUUAUUCCCCCUUAAUGAGCCAAAUCGCUACUUUGAAUAAAAAUACACUAGGUAGUACAAAAAUGGUUAUCGGUGAGACUGCACCACUCCUAUCUGUCCAGCAAAAACAAGUACAGAAUGACUCUCCGGGAGCUCGUGCGCAUUGGCUCUCACGAGUCACAUUUAGCUGGCUUGGACCUUUACUAGUCCAAGGGGCUACUCGUCCACUUCAAGCCGAAGAUCUUUGGCAAUUAGAGCCUGAAGAUGAUGCUGCGCGAGUGACCAACACUCUACGUCAAGCGAGUAAUAAUAACCAAUCGUUGUGGGUUUCAAUCCGCAAAGGUUUUGGCUUCAACAUGUAUGUUGCCGGGGCGUGUAAAUUGUUCGGCGACUGUUUUGGCUUCAUUGGACCCAUUUGUAUUAAUGCGCUUAUUAAAUAUGUGGAAGAUCCAAGUCAAACCAUGUUUUCAAGUCCUUAUUAUGGCUACAUUCUCAGCUCUAUACUCUUCAUUGCGUCUAUCAUGCAAACUUUAUGUCUCCAUCAACAUCAUCAUUUGGUCAUUCGAGAAGCAAUUCGAGUGCGCACGGCACUUACAAUGCUCGUAUAUGAAAAGUCUCUUAAGUUAUCAUCACAAACUAAGAGCUCAAUAGGCUCAGGGCGAAUUUUAAAUUUGGCGACAAUUGAUGCAAAUCGCAUUCUUGAGCUCUUUUACAUGAUUCAUUAUGCAUGGGCUGCACCACUUCAAUUGAUUCUUGGUAUGUUGUUAUUGGUGCAUUUUAUUGGAAUUGCAUCGUUUGCUGGCGUCUUUAUUAUGAUCAUUCUGUUGCCUACAAGUGCAGUGUUAUCAUCUCAAGCAGCCAAAGUUGUUCAAAAGAUGUUAAAAUGUACUGAUCAACGUCUCAAAGUGUUGAAUGAAUUGUUUCAACAUAUUCGAAUCAUUAAACUUUAUGCUUGGGAAAGCGAAAUGCUCUUUCAAUUAGAAGCAAUUCGAGGUAAAGAACUACAUCUUCUCAAAAAGACGAUCCUUUGGAGUGCGUUUGGGAAUGUCAUUCUUCAAGCUGGUCCGAUACUCGUGUCAUUUGGAACAUUUGUCGCAUAUUCCUACGUUCAGAAUGAACCAUUAACAGCUGACAAAGCAUUUACUGCUAUCUCGUUGUUCAGUAUUUUUCGGCUACCAUUGAUGGUGUUACCUCAUGUCUUUUCGCUCAUUUUUCAAGCUAAUGUAUCUAUCAAGCGACUCGAGUCAUUUUUGCAACUCAAGACUCAGUCACGCCAAACGUGUUUACUGUCACCAUCCAUAGAUUCCAAUUCAUCAUAUGAAAUUCGCCAUGCUACAUUUAAGUUGUCGGAUGAGAGCCAAGAAUUGUUGGAUGAAAGCACAAAAGAAACUGCAAAGAGAGCAACUGGGUCUUCGGCUCAAUUAUCCAAUAUCACCAUCUCGAUUCCAAAAAACAAGUUAACUUUGAUCGUUGGAGCUGUCGGAACCGGCAAGUCAACACUCCUUUCAGCCUUACUUGGAGAGAUGCAGCCUGAGUACGGUGUGGUUCAAAUUCCAAUCAAAAACAUUUCUUACGCUGCACAAACGCCAUAUUUGAUCAACGCAAGCGUCGAAGACAACAUACUAUUUGGUGCUUCAUUGGACAAAGCUCGUCUUCAUCGUGUAAUUAAAAAUUGCGAGCUAGAAAAAGAACUUGUCAGUCUUCCAAACGGAUUUAAGAGUGAAAUCGGUGAGAAUGGUGUGACACUAAGUGGUGGACAGAAACAACGUCUGUCAAUUGCACGAGCCAUGUAUUUACAGAAUCAAGAGAUGUACAUAUUUGAUGACUCAUUAUCUGCUUUAGAUGUGCAUGUGGCUACUCGUAUUUUCAACCAGUGUUUUAGCGAAAAGACGGGUGGCGAAUUAACUGGUCAGACGCGAAUUCUAAGCACACACUCUCUACAAUUUGCUCACUUAGCAGACUGGAUUAUUGUUAUUGAGAACAUGCGGGCUGUUGAAAUGGGGACAUUUUCUGACUUGACGCAACUAACGCCCAAUGGCAAAUUUGCAACGAUGUUCAAGGCCUUUCAAUGUCCUGACGAGAUUGUUGAGAAGGAUACGUUGGGCCAACAAGCGGACUGUGAGAAUGUGACUCGAUCAAAAGCUCGAUCGGACUCGAAUGCUGAUGGUCACGCCGUUAGUGGCAGCGGCAUCCUGAUUCAAGAUGAAGAAAAGGCUGAGGGAGAAUUAUCGUGGCGCAUUUAUACGUCGUAUUUUAUUUCCUGUGGUACCGUUUCGACAAUUGGAGCGCUGGCGCUUUUAAUUGCGAUGCAGGUAACAUCUGUAUCAACGGAUUUGUGGCUAACGAAUUGGACUAAUAACAAACCCACUGGAGUGAGUUUGACCUUUUAUCUCACUAUCUACGCUUAUCUUGGCUUAAGCACAAUUAUGCUGGAGUUUGUGGGCGAGUUAUGUUGUCGUUUUGCUGGACUGAGUGCUUCCAAGAAGAUACAUCACCAUUUCCUUCGGCAUAUGAUAAAAGGAACAAUGCAAUUUUUUGACACAACACCCGUUGGUCGGAUAUUAAAUCGUUUUUCGAGCGACCUUAACACUAUAGACACAAAGCUCAAUUCAUCUAUCGUCCAAUUUGUGACCAUGUUUUUGGCUCUAUUAAGCAUGUUAGCGAUACAGAGCUCGACUGCUCCAGUCUUGUUACUUCUACUUAUCCCUGUCUUUAUCUGCUACGUUGCAUACCAGCGGUUCUAUGGAAAAUCUUGUCGAGAAUUGCAGCGUUUGGACAAUAUUUCAAAAAGUCCCCUUUACGCACACUUUACGCAGACUCUCAACGGUUUAGUUACGAUCCGAACGUUCAAUAUGGUCAAACAGAGUGAACAAAUGCAAGCUUUGAAAUUAAACGAAAAUACAAAAGCUUUCUUGCUGUUGAAUCUGAUCAAUCGCUGGCUUGGUGUACGACUGGAGUUUCUAGGCGCACUGAUUACAUUAGCGGUUGCUGUUUUUGUCAGUCGUGAUCAUUUCACGAUUUCGAGCGCUAUGGCAGGAUUACUGUUGAGCUAUUCUCAAAAUAUGACUUCUCUCCUCAAUUGGAUAAUUCGCAAUCAAAUUGAUAUGGAGAACAAUAUGAACAGUGUUGAACGAAUCGAUGAGUAUUGUCGCGUAGAGACUGAACCAGUGACAUUGCUGACACAUCAUUUUGAGCGUUAUACCUGUGCAAAGUCCCGCACGCUGCAAUUGCGGCCACACUGGCCCGAACAUGGUAAGCUUGACUUUGUAAACGUCUGUGUGCAGUACGACCCACUUUUACCACCCGUGCUGAACAAUAUUUCAUUUUCAAUAAAUGGUGGAGAAAAAGUGGGCAUUUGUGGACGAACAGGAGCUGGUAAAAGCUCGCUGCUUCUAGCCCUUUUUCGUAUGGUCUCGUUCUAUCAUGGCAAUAUCUACAUAGAUGAAGUCUCAACUGAUGCAUUGACUCUUACUGAAUUGCGCUCUCGAAUGGCAAUCAUUCCACAAGAUCCAGUGCUUUUUGCAGCUAGUGUUCGUAUCAACCUUGACCCAACAGGACAAGCCACCGAUGAGGAUUUGUGGAAUGCUAUUCGGAAAUCUCGAUUAGAAUCAUUCAUCAAAGGUUUAUGUGGUGGUGUUGACGCUCAGGUUCUUGAAGGCGGGGACAAUUUUAGUGUUGGAGAGCGUCAACUUAUCUGUCUGGCACGUGCGAUAUUGCGACAUUCCAAGAUAUUGUGUCUGGAUGAAGCAACUGCUUCAAUGGAUCACUCCACCGAUGAGUUUAUUCAGGCGUCAAUUCGUAGCGAAUUUGCUAAAACGACAGUGCUGACAAUAGCUCAUCGAGUAGAGACCAUUCUGGAUUACGACAAGAUAUUGGUGCUCAAGCACGGCCAGAUUACGGAAUUUGGCACGCCAUCCGACCUACUCAACAAACCGAAUGAUGAUGGUCGUAUCGGGUACAUACCUUAA